CACACUCCAACCAGUCCCAAGCAACUAUAACGACAGGCAGCCUCCGCCGCCAACAAGCAGCUAGUCAAGACGGGAAACUCCAAGAGCAAGGGCAAGAUGAGCGAGCACGUCGACGCCGUAAAUGAAAUGGUGGGCCAGCACGGCGUGGUGGUGUACUCCAAGACGUACUGCCCUUUCUGCACCAAGGCCAAGAAGGCGUUGAAGGACGUCGGGGCCAAGUACGAGCUUAUCGAGCUAGACGAGGUGGACAACGGCAGCGCCAUCCAGGAUGCCCUCCAGUCUAUCACUGGCCAGCGCUCUGUGCCGAACGUCUUCAUUGGCGGAACGUCCAUCGGAGGGGGAGACGACACGGUCCGGCUGCAGAAGUCCGGGGAGUUGUUGACCAAGGUCACGGCCGUUGGCGCUGUCUGAGACGGCGCCACUGGAUUGAAUUUUCUGAAUUGAAUUGUCCGGCGUAAUUUUUUGGCGUUUGUCUUGAGUACUCCUAAGUGUGUUCAAUCGCGCUAGGGUUACAGUUUCCACGCACUCGGCAUUGCUGAGCUGCUGAGGUGGAGACGGGGGGUCACUGUUGGUGUUGGUGUGCGAAUUGUUUUCGUUUUGGUUGAUACGGCGGACAAUAAUGGCCUCGGGGGCUAACCAACCCAUAGAUGGAUCAUGCAAAUAGCUCUCUUGUAGAUCGGUACAGAGGUAGAGCGCGCUUGAACGUCGGUGUGGUGUGAGCCUAGAAGGUGGGUUCUAAACAGCGCAGGAGGCCUCUACUGUCUGGUCUAUGGAUGGUCGUUGAUUGCAGAAGAGUUGAGGAAGGAAUUGAGCCUAGAAGGCGGCUUCUAAACAGGGCAGGAGGCCUCUACUGGUCGGUGUGUAGUCUUUGAUUGUCGCACAAGAAGAGACAUCUCCGGGCUCCGCAAGCUACCGCCGUUGCUACCCACAGCAUCCCUGCUUACACCGUCACAAAGAAGAGGCGUGUUAGCCCUGAUGCGUAGACCGGGAACGAGGAACUCGGGAGUUGUUGUGGAGCCCCGGUCGCGGCGGUUAAACCAGAAACGUUUGC